AUGGAGCUGAUCAGCGGUGCGCGAGUGAUUCCGAAACCUACCCACAGUGUGGCAACUCAGAAGUCCGACUUCGACUCUCGCUUCCCAUCCACUUCCACUUCCUCUCAUCUUCAAUACAAACCCCAUCUUACCUCGUCAGUGGGAGUUCAGUCAAGCAUGCCCGUUCCUGCCACUCGACUCUACUCCCUUCCCCCUACUUCACUUCGAGCCCAGCUGGACGCUGAACGAAAACCACUCUACAGAGACUUCCGCGCGGGAGCCAAGAGUGUCGAGACCCAAACGGAGCAGCCAUUCACUUCUGUCGACUAUGAAACUAGUAUUCCGAAGACGUCAACUUCCACAGAACAACCAUCCCAACGUCGCGGACGAACAAAUGCGAAUGUGCAAACAAACGAUCUGCUAGAAGCAACCAAGAAGUACUUUGAGGACUACGAUCGUCAACUGAACGAGCUCACCGAGAAAGCAAAACGAGCACAUCGACGGCAAUUCGAAUUCCACGAUGACGAUCCGCUCAGCCGCGAGACGAGGCGAUUACAGCUGAUGGACGAGUUAGCGCGCAGACGCGAGAGGAUGUUCGCCAAUAUUGAGCUACCGUCGGAGACGAUGCCCUACAGAGCAUACCAUUCGCAAUUUGCGCUAGAUUCUUCUGAUUAUUCAUCGCUAGUGCCUCACUAUGGAUCUCUUCCUCGAAUCGACUAUCCUUCCCGAAGUAGAAGAGAACCGCUUUCCCGGGAUUUCACUGUGCGAGAGCCGUCCACUUCCUAUGCCUAUAACUAUGGCUCAUUGCCGAGGAACUAUGAACGAUGCUUGGGACAUACCUACCCGAUCCAUGUCGACUAUGAACAAUCGUUCGGAGCUCGACCCACUGCCGCUGCUGCGUCCAGGUCCAUGCUCGAUCUGCACUCCGACAACAUCAUCGACCCCCGCUAUCGACAUCCUACUGAUAUUCGCUCUAGUUACCUGGACCAAAUGGGUAUAGACCGAGCCGAUCCUCUCGCCUACACCUCACCCUACCGCUCUUACCCGAGCGACACCACAAAUGUGAACAUUGCUCAACCUCUUGGACCACAACAAGAAGACAUGGUCUCGCGGUACGCCAGCUACUUGAACAGCCAAUUCCAAAGCGGUUUGCUGAGCCAAGCGGAU